AUGGCAAAUCCGAUCCGCCGUGUUGCCGUCAUAGGCGCAGGACCGGCUGGUGCCAUUGCGACGGAUGCCCUAGUCAAGGAGCAGGCGUUCGAUGAGAUCCGCGUGUUCGAGAGGCAUGCUGUUGUGGGAGGGACAUGGGUCUACUCCCCUGACCUCGUGCCGGGAAUCCCAUCGCUCCGCGCCCUCGUCGAGCAGCGCGCAGACCGCCCCAUCCCCGUGCCGGACCGGUUCCCAUGCGAGACUGCGCGGGCGGAGAGCAACUCGCACCGGAACCGGUACUCGGACACGGGGGUGCACGAGGCGCUGCACAGCAACCUGCCGCCGUCGACGAUGAGCUUCACGCAGGAGCCGCUGCCGGAUACCCUGUCGGAGCGGACGCUCGCGGACUUCGGGCCGGACGCGCCGUUCCGCCACCGCCAGGUGGUGCGCGACUGGGUCGAGCAGAUCUUCGCCCGCGGCGGCCACGAGAAGCUCGUCUCGCUCAACACCACGGUCGAGCGCGCCGAGAAGAAGACGGACAGCCCCGGCCAGGCCUGGGUCCUGACGCUCCGGCAGGAGGCGCCCGGCGCCAGGGACCGCUGGUGGCAGGAGGAGUUCGACGCCGUCGUCGUCGCCGCCGGCCACUAUAACGUCCCGUACGUCCCCGACAUCCCCGGCUUAGUCGAGUACGAGGAGCGGCACCCGGGCAGCAUCAUGCACAGCAAGCACUACCGCGGCGCGGAAGCGUUUGCGGGCAAGAAAGUGGUCGUGGUAGGCGGGUCCGUGUCGGCCGUCGACGCGAUCCACGAGAUCCGCGCGGUGGCGCGGCGCCCCGUCAUCGCGUCGGUGCGCCGGCCGCUGCCCGCCUUCGGCUGGACGCCGUUCGUGCACCCGCACGUCGCGCUGCGGUCUGCCAUCGCGCGCCUCGACCCGGCCGCGCGCCGCGUCGAGUUCGCCGACGGCUCGGUCGCCGACGGCGUCGACGUCGUCUACUUCGCCACCGGCUACGACUUCAGCUUCCCGUACCUGCAGUCGGGAGGAGGGGAGGAGAAGGGGCAGGGGAGACAGCUGCCCCCAGUCGAGAUCCGGAAUCGGAGGAUAGAUGGACUCUACCAGCACGUGUUUAGCCGCCGUGACCCGACGAUGGCGUUCAUAGGAAUGAUUACCGGCGGCCUCACGUUCCGCGUCUUCGAGUGGCAGGCCGUGGCUGCGGCACGCGUGUUCGCCGGCCGGGGGACGCUUCCGUCUCGAGAGGAGAUGGAUAAGUGGGAGCGGGAGCGCGUGGCCGAUGUCGGGGACGGCCUGCCGUUCUUCAACAUCGCCUUCGACUACGAGGGCUAUUUCGAGGGGUUGCGAGCUCUCGCGGGGGACCCGGCGCCGGGGACGACGGGCCGCGUGCUGCCGAAGUAUGAGGAGCAGUGGGAGAAGGAGGUCGGCCUCGUCGUGGAGGCGAAGGAGAGGUGGUGGGAACGGGAGAGAAAAAUGGCUGAAGAUGCCGAGGGAGUUUAGGAUGGGGGAGUGUAGAGGGGUGCUGUUCACGCAGGCAUGUCUGUAGGAAGAGUAGGCACUGUAGCGUCUUGUGCUGUCGAGG